GGUUUAGGAAAAACUAAUAGCACAUUCAUUGCCUAAGUUGCGAUGAACUUCCAGUGGAUGAAGUCAGACAUAAAUUCACUGAUAAAAUGCAGAAAGCCGACUUUUCUGAUAGACCAAUGUACGGGUGUGAUAAACCCUUUAUGCUGCAAAAGCAUAUUUUUUUUCCGCUCGGGGAACUAUGGCUCCAGCUUCAAGACUGCAUGGCAGUCCGUUAGACAGUUCAGAUCAAAUGUGCGCAAGAAAGGGAGGGAGGGUCAGACAUUGUGCACCAUGCAAAAGUACGCAGAGACGAGGAGCAUGAGGUCAAUGCUCGCUGCCUUCAAUAGCGCCUAAACGAGCACAGUCCUCGUCGUCAUGGCACUUUGAUUCCAUAUGUUCCAGGAUCUCUCUAUCCUACCUAUGGCAACAAGGCUCUUGGCGCCUCAGAACGGAUGAACUCCUGCACACUGACGUCAGUCAGGAACAACAGGUUAUGUCAAUUUGCGAUGGGAGGUCUAGGAUCAUUGACUCGGUGGUGCAGGUCAAAAGUCUUGCUUCUGAUGUACCCAUGCUAUGUCCUAAACGAUAAUCUAUGUAGACAUUGGACAACCUCCUUUUUUCAUGUAUUUCGGUAUAAGACACCCCUUGAUCUGCCCGUAAAGAUGGUGGACACAUCAUGGUACAAUUCACUUCUUGUUAUCGUGGCCUGCAAUUUACAGAAUCUGAUUGAUUGUUCUGAUUGUUCUACUUCUCGUCUUUAUGAAGGCUAUCUAAACCCCGGUCGUAGCUGAGAUUAUUUUCUGAAGUUUCCAUUUCUAGGAUUCCUGAGAGAUCGGUCAGUCAACGCUGUUGCAAGUGUGGAGCCGAGUAACUGGAGGAAGGCAUAUUUCCUGCGGUGCUUUUUCGUACACCACGUUAUGAAGAGCAAGGAAAGGUGUUUCGAAGUUGAUGUUAACUUGACGCAUAGACGACUCAAGGCAAAAAGUUACGGAAAUUGUACCAAAACAUUGCGGAUGAUGCAUCGAGCAGGCCAAGGUCGUUGGGGUUGGUCGUCACACAAUGGGAAACAUUUGGGCAUUGUUUCGAGAUCUGAAGCAUCCAAUCAAUCAACGAAGCCAAAGGAAACAGUCAAGAAGAAAAAUCCAAGGAAACAGCUAAAGACACAAAGAAAAAGUCUCAAGAAAAAGUCCGCGAGGUAUAAACUGCUAACUGGUCUAAGACGAAAAUCGGACGCAUGCUUACAGAGCCAUGACUGACAUGGCUCGAGAAGAUCGUCCCUCGUCCCUUUACUGCUUCUGGUCUCAAGGCGACAAAUCUUGUCUAAAUCUGACGAUGGAAUCAGCCACUCCCAAACGUUUUAGAGAUGACGACCAAGGACAGAAAAGCUGCUCUACUGAGA